GCCAAACCAUCUCUUAAUGCGUUUACAAAGAAAUGAGUUGACGAUAUUAUCCUCCGUUCUAUUCCAUUUUCCAUAUAAUAAUUUUGGUUCCUUUAUUCUCCCCACGCCUUCCGUCCGUCCCAUCCCUACUUUCGUCGUUGUCUUCUUCUUCCUCCAUUCCACAGAUCUCUGAAUUCCAAGGGGAAAUAAGAUGGUGAGUGACACGAGCAACAACGCAGCUCCGCCCUCGCAUAUGGAGAAGCGGCCCAAGACGAAGAUCGUCUGCACGCUGGGCCCGGCCUCCAGAUCCGUGCCCAUGGUUGAGAAGCUCCUCCGCGCCGGCAUGAACGUCGCCCGCUUCAAUUUCUCUCACGGAUCUCACGAGUACCACCAGGAGACUCUCGACAAUCUCCGCACCGCCAUGGCCAACACCGGAAUCCUCUGUGCCGUCAUGCUCGACACCAAGGGUCCAGAAAUCCGAACUGGGUUCCUCAAGGAUGGUAAACCUAUCCAAAUAAAGCAGGGUCAGGAAAUCACCAUAUCGACCGACUAUUCCAUAAAGGGCGAUGAGAAUACGAUAUGCAUGAGCUACAAAAAGUUGGCUGAAGAUGUCAAGCCCGGGAUGGUGAUUCUCUGUUCCGAUGGCACAAUCUCCUUCACUGUCUUAUCAUGUGACAAAGCAGCAGGGUUGGUUAAGUGCCGGUGUGAAAACUCUGCCGUCCUUGGUGAGAGGAAGAAUGUUAAUCUCCCUGGUGUCAUAGUUGAUCUUCCUACAUUGACAGAGAAGGACAAGGAAGAUAUCAUGAAGUGGGGAGUUCCAAAUCAAAUCGACAUGAUAGCUCUUUCUUUUGUUAGAAAGGGCUCUGAUCUUGUGGAGGUGCGGAAGUUGCUAGGACCUCAUGCCAAGAAUAUCCUCCUUAUGUCAAAGGUUGAAAAUCAAGAGGGUGUGGCGAAUUUUGAUGACAUCUUAGCCAAUACAGAUGCAUUUAUGGUGGCACGUGGUGAUCUCGGAAUGGAAAUUCCAAUUGAAAAGAUCUUUCUGGCGCAGAAAGUAAUGAUCUACAAGUGCAACAUCCAAGGAAAACCAGUAGUCACUGCAACUCAGAUGCUGGAAUCCAUGAUCAAGUCCCCCAGACCAACCCGAGCCGAGGCCACCGAUGUUGCAAAUGCGGUUCUUGACGGAACUGACUGUGUCAUGUUGAGUGGCGAAACAGCUGCGGGAGCAUAUCCCGAACUAGCUGUCCGUACCAUGGCUAAGAUAUGUGUGGAAGCAGAGAGCACGCUGGACUAUGGAGAUGUGUUCAAAAGAAUAAUGCAGCACUCACCUGUCCCCAUGAGCCCAUUAGAGAGCUUAGCCUCUUCUGCAGUGAGAACAGCAAAUUCAGCAAAAGCAUCCAUCAUAUUGGUGCUCACCAGGGGAGGGAGUACUGCAAAGCUGGUCGCUAAAUAUAGGCCUGGGAUGCCGAUUCUGUCGGUGGUUGUACCCGAGAUAAAGACCGAUUCAUUCGAUUGGUCGUGCAGUGAUGAAGCUCCUGCAAGGCAUAGCCUGAUCUUCCGUGGGUUGGUCCCGGUUCUGUAUGCUGGCUCAGCUAGGGCUUCUCAUGAGGAGACAACGGAGGAAGCUCUUGAUUUUGCUGUUCAGCAUGCCAAGUUGAAGGGACUCUGCAAGACAGGGGAUUCUGUUGUGGCUCUGCACCGGGUUGGAACAGCUUCGGUGAUCAAGAUCAUAACGGUCAAGUAAGUGUUUGGGUUUCAGUAACUUGGUACAGAGAGGUUUGAAGAGCGGAUACUGCUAAUAAUUUGGGCAGUCAUAUAGCCUAUGUUUGUGUUUACUUGUUUUGAUUGGUUGGACAAUGGCGAUUGUUUCCCUUUAUAUCUAGACACUGGGAACCAAAUGAUUAUUUUUAAAUGCUUCGGAUACUCUGAAAACGAUGAUAACAGUGUCCACUUCUCUGAACUUAUGUGCGUUUUGGUUUUGUUUGAUUAUGAAUCGGUGUUGGCUCCGGGUAAUUAUCUCAUCUUUCAAGAUUUUGUUUGCUAAACUUGGUCCCAGAUUUUAUAAAAAAGUUCUGCUUGA